AUGCCGGACAGAUCAAGGGAAAGAACGAACGAAAGAGGCGACAGAAAAAGAAUCAGCUCGGCAGUCGUGGUAUCUAAAUCCUUCCAAAAAGCCCAGGAGAAACGGUAAGGCUUAGUUUUAGUCACCUGCCUGAAUUGAAAACAAACUGCUGGAUUGAUAAUGGGGAAAGAACCUUACAUAAACAGCUGCUGAAAACCUAAAUUUCUCUUAGCUACAUUUUUUUGUUGAUUAAGGUUGGUAGCGUCAUUGAUAUCUUGAUACUGAUACACGCAUUAGUUUUCUUGAAUGUGAACAGAGUAUAUCCCGAUAAUGAAGUUGGGUCAAACGGCAGUGAACUUGAUCGGGGAUAACGCCAUGGAUCGGAUUAUAAUGAACUCGUCGAUCAAUCUUGAUGAAUGCACCGUCUGGAAAAUCCAAACUGUCUACAUCUGUUAGUCCUCUUGUAAAUUGUGGUUCAUGUGAAUUUCAGAUGGCAAAUUAAAGCCAACUAAAGUGGAGUCACGAGAAAGCUUUUGAUCCAAUCCUCAAUUCAAGUUAUCUUUGUGAUACUUUGCAAUAUUUUAUUAGCGGAUAAUAAAGGCGGUGCACCCAUGUUCAUCUCCUGUUGAAUUACGGUUUUAUCAAAUAAGUUGAUAAAGUAAAUUUAGCACUGUAAAGAGAUUCUGAAUCUUAACUCAGAUGAUGAAAUAAAAAUUUCUGUGUUUCACUGUUUCUGGUUGCAGCAAUUGAGUUUCUUUUGAAGCUGACUGCUUCUUAUCUUCUUUAGUGACUGUAAUUGUAAUUAUUAAGCCCGGUUUGUCGUAUGCCACUAUCCUACCUGCAACAUGGCCACCAGAACGUACCUCCUUGGAUACUAAUGAGAAUGGAAGUUGCCAGCUAGAGAGGCCAUCCCAGUCUUUACUGUUGCCAUGCCUGCAAAUUUCACUUGAAUUUGACAUUGCAGGCGUGGUGGCAGAAAGUAGCUGUAAUCUUUCUUGUUGCCGGUGGUUUAUCUUGCCUUAUGAUGGAACAGUAUCCUAGAUAGUACAAACAGUUAUGGUGCAGGUAGAUUGGCGGUAUAUCAGAACCAGGCUUUACAAUCACAGCGUCCUUGUGUGACCAUCUCUUGUCAGCAACAGUCAAUGGUGGCAAUUGCAAGAAAGUGAUUAUCAAAACUUUUUUUGUUAGAUAGUUGCUUAUAUUUGACAGUUUUGCUUUACAAAAAUUAGUUUGGUCUAUAGUCAGUUGCUGAAAAUAAAUUAUUAUUUUGUCAUAUGAUUUAAAACAAAUCCAGACAUUCUCCGGAGCCGAGAAGAGAACGGCGCUAUAGACAAAGAUCUCCUGAUGGAAGCCGUGAAACUGAUAGAGGUGCACGUAGAAUGCACAUGGAUCGUGAGGAAAACAGAGAAGGAAGGAGGCAAAGAAUAAGUGAACGACUUGGUCCUCGCACCAGAAAAGGUGAUGAGCCUGAAGACAAUGAUGACAAGGAUGAUCGUGGGUCGAGAUGGAAGCAAAGGAACGAGCGAUUUUGUAAGUAGGCCUGUGGUACGAUUUUGAGGGAAUGCUAGCAGUAAACAGUAUGUAAUUCGGAAGAAGAAGAAUUCUAAGACCAGAAAGCUCAGAAACAAUUCCAACCUCUGGGCAAAAAUCAGACAUAAAUGUUUUGGGUGGUAAUGUAUAUAAAUAAUUUUUACAAAUAAUAACCAAAUACUGAAAAUGAUAUUAUUUUAUUUUUAUGGUGUUAAUGUUGCUCAAAAAUAAAAAUAAGUUGGUGUGACAUUUUCACGAAAUAAUAUUAACAAAUAAAGCCUUUCAAACCUGUAGCAUUUAAAUUUCUUUUCAUUUUGCAGCAAGAAGAGGAAGAAGCCCACCUUCAUUUGCCAACCAACAAAGACGCACUGUUUUUGACAGACUGGAUAAUGGACCUCCCAGAGGAAGAGGCUUUGAUCAGAGGAUGAUUGAAGUUGAAGUCAAUCCACAGGAUGUCCCUCGGGGAAAACGUUACUUCAUGGUAUGUUACUGUUUCUAAAGAAACCAACACAUGUUGUAGUGUUUGGAAAUCUAAUGCGAAUUAUUAUUAUUUUCUUUUUUGACAGCAUGAUGACAGGGAGAUGCCCCGUCGUCAAAAGUUGGACAGAUCAAGAGCACGCUCAAGAAGUCCAUUGUGGGUGCAUGACAGAUUUGAUGACUUAGAAGGAGAGGAGGAACAGGUAACAGAUCAUGCUAAAUAAACACAUGCAUGAAACUACAUUUUAGGCCGGGGGGGUACUUGAGGAAUUUUUGGGUGGGGAUGUGCCGCUGGGACCCUGAAACCCUUAACCUAUACCAGAGCUAGUUCAGCUGAAUUUUGCUACCCUAUACUAGAGUAAACUCCCCAAAUCUCCCCUAUCCUAGAGUAGCUGUUUCCCUAGUGUAGAUAAAAUCUUCAACCCACUGAUCAGUUUCCUGAAAAAUGAUACCCUAUUCUAGACCCAAACGCUUUGAUUUAUAUACCCUAUGCUAGAGUAAACUGCUUGAAAACCAUACCCUUCACAGCGGCACAUACCUAUAUAGCCCAUAUAUGACAGUCCCCGGGAUUUUAGGAAGCAUAUCUGACUGUUAACAACUACCCCCAAUGAUCAAUAAAGAAAGAUCAUGAGAUUUAUUGUUGUUCACAAAUAAAGAUGGCAAUAGUUUUAUUGAAUAUUAUCUUAUUGACCAUACAGUAUGUUCUGGACAUUGCUGAUCCUAGUGCUCAGUGUGAAGAACACUACCACAUAUUAACUUUGUAAAAUGGUACUAUCCUUCAUGAGUCUCUCAUUGACUCAGUGGAUAGGGAAUUGGCACGCAUGGUGUUUGCGAUGUUUUACAUGUAGAUUCAAGUUCUUUGGGGGACCUGAGAUGUAACUUCCUUUCCCUAAUACUUGGAAAAUGUUAUUAUUUCGUCUAACCAGGAUGCAAUGAAAGUCAGUUUUACAGCUUGUACUAGCCCGAAAGUCAUUUCAACUAUCCUGAAAAAAAGAAUUGAUGAGCAGGAUUGUUUGCAGUUCUUCUGUAAUUUGAAUUUCCCCCUAAAAUCACUUGCUGAUCGGGCAAGUUAAGAACAGAAUUCACUAGCCCGAUAGCAAAAUCCACUUGCCCCAGGCUACUGGACACCACCUUCUUUGAAUGCUGCUAACUUAAUUUACCCCUUUUGUCAAGCCUCUGAAUUUUCUGAUGCACCAGUUUCUGUGUCUCAAGGUUUUUCCUUUUCUUUUUUUGUCUGAAUCAUGUUACAUCAAAAUAUAUCAAGUAACAGCGGAACCAAGAUCUGGAACACGCUUCCUCUGGCCCUGAGGAGCGAGCAUGAUAUAAAUAUGUUUGGGUUUGGCCUAAAAAGGCACUUUAGAUCUAAGCCAAAUUGAGCCUCCAAUGCUUUCGCUAUACUUGGUUGUUCCAAUUUUUUUUAUCUGUUAUUGUUUUUUGUGUUGUUUUUUCUUUUCAUCAGGGCCCCAUUCAAACCAGCCUUGCUGAACUGGGCACCUCUGAAUAAAUAUUGUUCAAAAUUAAAAUACCUAAAUAAAUUAAAAUGACAUUUUUAUUAUGAUGAUGAUGACAACAAUGAUGAUGUAUUUUAUUCAUUAUAAAAUAAUUAUGUUAAUUUUCCUUGAUAAUUUUUAUAUUUUGUAGGAAGAAAAAGGUGAGCCUGAAGGUGAUGACAAGGAAACAAAAACACAAGAUGAAGAAAUCAGUCAAGACCAACAAAGGGAAAGAGUCAGACAAAAUCACUGGAGAAACUAGUCUUUUUCUGAAAACUUUAUCAGUUCAAUCUUGCAAAGGGUGUCAAUUUGUUAACUGGCAGCCUGGUGAAUGGUUUAUUGGUGAAGAUUGCUGUUAAGUCAAAAGCCUGGUCUGACCUGCCCAGUGUCCUUAAACAUGGUGCUGUCAGCUGGCUAUUCAAAAUGGAAGAGAAGCUAAUUUUACUUUGAACACUUUUGUUAGCAAGAAAGUGGCACUUUCAAACAUUGUACUUGAAGAUUGUCAGGCACAAUGAAAGUUGUGCUGAAGAAGAAAAAACACCUUGAUGUUGAAGAGCACUGCUAAAUACAGCUUGUUUUACCACCAUCAUUAAUUAAAAGUAGAUAUUUGGCUUUAUAUACAGAAUACCAAGUGUUCAAUACUAUUACUUCUGCCAUCAGCUUUACACAAUAGGUUAGCUUAGUGACUACACUGUAGGUUAGAUUGGUGCAUCAUCUUAUAUACAGUGGUGUUUUAUAUUGUAUUAUAUGGUUGUUCUGAAUCGUGUAGAGGUAUCAUUCAAUGUGCAAUUUGUACAUUGGUUUCUUUAGUAGGGUUUGCUGCAACAGUAAUAAACUUAUCUUUAUCAGUAAAGCAAUCGUUUAGUUUGAUUCAUAUGAUCUUCAGCCCUGACUGGUGAGGUAUGACUUGUUAAUGAGAAAAUAAUAAUAAUACAAAUCUUUACAGCAUAUUUCAAUAACAUGCAACCUCUAAAGUCAACAAUUUCAUUUUAACGGUUAUGUUUAUGCUUCCUUUAAUCAUCUUGACAGAUCUUUCAUUAAACACGAGGUUUUCUUCAGCAGGUACAAAAGUUCAUGUAACUAUGUGGGCUAUAAUUAUACAUGGAACCCUAUUAUGAUUGACAGUAUAGCAAAAAUUGUAACUGUUGAUUUAAUCUUUGACUUUACAUGAUCACAUGUUAUUGAAAAGUGCAGUAAACUGGAUCGUCUGGAGCUUGGUGUAUGUCCUGUUGUAAAGUUUUGGAAGCUUAUUGUUUUUUUAGAUUACUAUUAAACCCAGUGCUGUAAAGCCCCCAAAAAAGGUAUUUUGAAACUGAAAAGUGUGUAUUCCUGUGUUUGCAA